AUGUCGCCCCCAGAAUACGACCUCAUCGUCGUCGGCUCCGGCUUCGCGGGCUGCAUGGCGACGCUCAACUUCCUCGAAACGUGCAAAGCCGAAGGCAGCCAAUGGGGCGCGCGCGUCGCCCUCAUCGAAACGGGGCGCGCCGACGAGCGCUGCGGCGCGUCCCGCUGGACCAUGGCGUACCUGCGGCUCGACCGCAACAUGUGCUUUGACGAGGACUGGAGGCACGAGAUGCGCGCGGUCAGCAAGGGGCAGGCCGACCUCGAGUACUGCGACACGCUCGCCGCCGAGGCCCAGCGCUCCGUCAAGUUCCUCGAGGCGCAUGGCGUCAAGUUCGUGCAUCAUGAUGAGGAGAAUGUGUUGUUGGAGUUUAAGACGGGGCAGCAUUUUGUGUUUCCCGAGGGCGGCGGGCAGGCGAUUAUUGCGAAGUUGAUGGAGCAUAUUAAGGGGUAUGCGAAUGCCGAUGUGCUGUGGGAGACGGAGGCGAGGCAUGUUUUGACCAACCAGCAUGGUGCGGUUAGGGGGCUGCAGGUUCGCAAGAAGGAUGGCCUGUUGUACGAGCUACACGCACCAGAUGUGGUGCUUGCAUGCGGUGGAUUCGAAGGCAAUCGGGAGAUGCUGGCAAAAUACAUUGGGAAUCGGACGCACGAAUUGCCCUUGAUCGCUCCAGGAUUGGUCCAUAACAAGGGCGCAGGGUUGAAUAUGGCGCUGGAACUUGGUGCGGCAACGAGCGGCUCCUUCGAUGGCAUGCACUGCGAGCUUGUGGACACUCGGGCAAAGAAGCCGGAUGCAGUCAUUUGGGGCCACAACUAUGGCAUUGUUGUCAACGAGCACUGCAAGCGCUUCUACGACGAGGGAAAGAGACAUCUCUUUGCCACCUUCGAGAUGAUUGCGCUUGAGCUUUGGCGCAAUCAGAACCAAAAAGGGUUCUUCAUCACGGAUGAAACCAUCAUGAAGCGCUUCCGCCCCGGUUGGGUGUACGAUACAACCGACCAAGAACCGGAGAAAGCCGACACCAUCAGAGAGCUUGCAGUGAAACUCGGCUGCGACCCUGAUGAGCUGCAAAAGACGGUGGACGAGUUCAACGAAGCCUGCGACAAAGAAACGCCAUUCGACCUGAUGAAACUGGAUGGGAAGGGGACGCGUGGACUAAGCCCAGAGAAGACAAACUGGGCAAAUCCUAUCGUCAAUGCACCGUUCUACGGGUACCCGCUCGAGGCGCACUUAACUUUCACAUACGGCGGUGUGAAGACGAACACGAAUGCGCAGGUACUCGGCACCAACGAUGUCCCCAUUCCGGGGCUUUGGGCAGCUGGAGAAAUGACUGGCCUUUUCUACAAUGAGUAUCCACCGGCCACCUCAGUGCUGAGGUCCCUCACUUUCGGACGCCUUGCAGGAACACAGAUUGCACACAAAUUGAAGAAGGGCGUUCUGGGGAACCUGAAGUCAAGUGUUUCCUCUUUUACUAAUUCAAAACUCUAA